CCUUUCCCUCUGAUCCCUCACCAUCCCACCACCCUGGCACGCACACGCUCGUCGGCGCCGCGAGCGAUGGGCACCAACAGGGAAUACGCAGACAAAGCAGUACAGACCGAAGAUGAAAUUCUACACGAUCGCAUCUCUCCUUCACCCCCCUGUAUGCUUCCCAACGAGAGCGCAUAUUCCCCUGUCACGGCGUCGGGUAGCUCCACAAGCGCGAUAUGCCUUCCGCUGGUGUCUCAUCGAUCUCCGAAGCCGAAGAAGACAUUCUUAGACGUUCGACAUCCGCCAGGUGACUUGACUAGCAGGCGCGUGGUGUCUAUGCCAGAGAACGAGGGGGAAGGGCCCCACUGCAGCAAUGGUCCCAGUGCGCGGAUAGUGUCGAUGCCAGACUACAUCAGGCCUCACCUUCGGUUUUCUGUCGAGUUACACGGGUCCACGUCCGGGGACCCUUUUGGCCCUUACUCAGAACAACUCGAACUACACCGGUCCCCCACUGACCUUCCUCAAAUGCCUUCACCCCCGUCUUCCUCAGAAUCGUUUCUCAUCGUUAGUAACAGUGUGCGACUUUCGGAAGAUUUUACGCGUGGAAUAGUUUUAUCUCACCCCCUUACGGAGGAAGCAGAAGAUUGGAUGGCAUGGGCGUCGUCUCCUCCACGACCGAUCCCAGCUCUCCAUGGGCCGCCAUCUCUCCCCUACGCUAGAUGUCCAUCAGGAGCCGAGGGUACCAUCAUUGAAGAGCCCAGCAACGUUUCUCGCAUAAUAUGGGGUCUAGGUUCGGAUGAUCAACUUCCCACUCGCCGAAGGCUACUCGAAGGAGGUCGUUUUGGUCGUGCUGAACAACCGAUGCCGCAGCCACCAUCCUCACGCCCUUCGCAGACGCAAAAGAAACCGACUGUCGCUUCGCAGCGACACCUGUUACUGCGCUCGUCUCCGAGGAAGGGCGGAGAACCAUCUGACAAGCAAUCUCGGCCUUGGCUUCCUCAUAUUAGCUGCAAACGGUCAACACCAGCCAAGCAGGCGCCGACCCAACAACCGUCCAUUGAGGUUAAACACUACUAUGGCGAUCAGAGUUUCGAACCUGUCAGUAACUACUCUCCCGGUGACGAAGCAUCCCCAACCACCGACAGGACGUUCUCGAGGUUACGGCCUGCCCAUGUUCCUCGACCGCUAGAGAAUUUUAGCACCGAUCUGGAGGAACGUUCCUACACCCCGCAAGGCAGUCGUUCACUCGUCGCCUCUUCUGCUCUUCACGGAUGCCUACGAACUACCCCUCGCAUAUUUGUUGAACCACGUUUGAAUGAACCAAGUUAUCAAGCCCCGAACCAUUCCACGAUGGAUACUGCUCAGCUUUCUCCUCAAUAUUUGUACCAGCGAGGCCCACGAACUCGGGAAGUACAGCAAGUUCCAGUUCCCUCAAGUUCCUCCUCACCUCUCUGGCCUCCGUAUGUCACCUCACAUCAAAGAUCUGCGGUACUCUUGCCUUCGGAUUCUGGCGUCUCUGCAGCCGGUCUGGAUAACAUUCACCUGAAAACACGUGGAUUGAGUACGAAAGCAUACUCACAGUCUCAGCCGCAAUAUCAGCAUGGACGCGAGUACGAUGGCAACGCUGAUGGCCGCAAGCACCUACAUGUGCGUGGUGCCCACUGCGGCCGCUCUCUUCCACAGAACGCAAAUAAUGCUCCGGAAACCAUCCGAAGAAAUACGACAUCUCCGAACACCUUAGCAAAUUACUUCAUGCAGAUGCAGGUGCAACCUCGGCCUCCAGACAUGCAUCGACCUAUCCCGCCAAUUGCUUCGGCUGUUCCUGCCCCGUUUCAUCCUGCUGUACACGGAACUAAUGACUACGAUGGCGGUGUUCGUCGUUCAUUUCGUGCAGCGCCGCCUUUCGCCGCUACCCGACGCACCGAGCAGCCAACGAGAGGAAGCCUUCUUAUAGAGACGUCUCGACGACCAAGGUCCUCGAGACAGUAAUCAGACAGAUCAAAGGAAGUGCAGUAAACUGUUUCGAGGGGAUCGUGUCACUUCUGUGGCCAAGGUUCACCUCGAUAACUAAAAAGUG